AUGGCAUACCAGUCGCCAGCCGCCAUGACGACGAGCUCUUCCUGCCGUAUGACGCCCUCAGCCCUCAGUUCUAGGUCGCUUGACAUCGCUCCUGAUAAAUCGGAAAGUCGUAUGGGGAGCCAGAAGAGCAACGAUCUCGAGAACUUGAACCACCCGUACAACAAGACCGACAGUAGACCUGCUAUGCCCUACACGAUAGGCGCCACGUUCACUGCCCACCGUCACGUACCACCCGCGCCUUUCGGUAACGGUUACAACACUCCAUGGCCGCCUUUCAAGACAGGUCACUUCAGACUACCGCAACUCAACUACUGCCUCAUCCGACCGCCAAUUGAAGGGUGUACGCUCGAAGAGUCCUACACGUUUACCGUCACCGACACAAUACGUAUCGGCUCCAUAUACGGUGCGCAAGUUGUCUUGGUCAACGGAGAUAUAGUAGCAAAGAUAUACGACCCGCUUUACGAUGACGAGUUCGACAUCUUCGACGACAAGCGCGAUGUUGUCGUUCUAUCUGACGGAGAUUACUCACGCGAAGCCGCUGCGUACGAUGAAUUACGACGAGAUCCUAAGGCGCAACGCGUUGUCCCGGAAUACUAUGGUAGCUGGACUAUUGACGUAGACACGUUAGUGGACGGCCAGAUGUACACACGACACGUUCGGCUCAUACUCAUGGAAUACAUACCUGGUACUGUUAUGACCGCCAUAAAGCCUCAUCUGCUCUCUGCACAAACUCGCUCGGCGAUUAUGAAGAAGGUUCUAGAAGCCGAGUCCCUCAUCUUCGCCGCCGGUGUCCUGCACCGCGACAUCGCGCCUCGCAACGUCAUGCUCGUCUCCCCAUCACCCGCAUCUUCCCUCGACGACCCAGACCUCCGCAUCGUCAUCAUCGACUUCAACGUCUCCAAUGUCAUUCGGCUCAGCGAACCCCGUCCUGGCGACUCCGACUCCGCAUACAUACAACAGCAAUGGCCGGACAGGAUCAUGGGUCCCAUAACGAGGUUCUGGAAUGCGAUGAGCGAUUUUGCGUUCAAGGGUUGGGUUGGUCCUAAGCCGGAGACGACGAAUGAGUGGCUGUGGGAGUGUUUUGGGGAGAGGGGGGAGUAUGUGCCGCUUGUUAGGGAUGCGGGGGAUAGGAAGGCUUGUCCUAAGAUUGAUUGGGGUGCAGAUCUGGAGAACGGGGGCACGCGGACGGAUGUAUAG